AUGGCAACAAACUUAACUGAUAAUGAACUUCGACAAGUGAAAUCUUGUGGAUUUUUUGUGAUCAAAUCAGAUCAAAGCUUUCUACUCAUGAAACAUCCACAUCGAUAUGAUCUACCAAAAGGACACAUGGAACCUGGUGAGAUCGAACAUCAAACAGCUCUACGAGAACUUCUUGAAGAAACAGGCAUUCAAUCGUCGGAUAUUGAUAUUGAUCCGAAUUUCCGCUUCGAAAAUACUUAUUAUCCAAAAUACAAACGUUUUGGAGGCGAGACGGUGAAGAAAACAUUAGUGAUAUUUCUUGCACGACUGAAAUCAGAUUCAACAAAAGUAAUUCCAAGUGAACAUCAACAUUUUGAAUGGUGCACUUGGAAUUCAUUUCAACCUUCUCGUAAGACCAGUGGAAUCGAUCAACUGUUGAACAAAGUGCGAGCACAUCUCAAUGCGCUGUAG